GUGUCAAGCAAACAACAUCCUAGAGCUAUGUGGGUGUAGAAUGACCGGAGUACCUUUGCCAUCUAACUUACCUGUAUGUACAUUUCAACACGAAUUCUGUAAGGAACAGAGUGAAGCAUGGCAGAACCCUUUUGAAUGUUCUUGCGGAAUUCCUUGCGAAGAGAUCGAGUACAUCGCUCAGGUGUCUUACUCUGAAUUUCCGGAUGACGGCGCAGCCAAGAUCUUAAAACACAACCAUGCUUAUAACAAAAGUAUGGAAUACCAAAGGGGAAGCUUGGUAUUCCUUCAAGUUGGCUUUCAUCAUUACGGAUACACUUUUGUGACGGAAACACCAAGUUAUAGAAUGGGGAGUUUGUUAGGUAACAACUGAGCUGACCUUUUGCCGCCUCAAAACUGUUUCGCUUUUGGCAAAACUGAAACAAAAUACUUUGAAAGGGAGGGGAACGACAGAAAAGUUCAGAAGGACUGGGUUCUAGUGAUCUUAAGGUAGCCCGUUAAAGACCUGGUAAAAGAAAAAAAAAGAAAUUUAAGAUAAUUUAAGUCACACCCACAGAACGACAUUCCGGUAAAUUAUAAGUAUUCUAUUCAAAAUUUCUCUAAACUUAAAUGCAUGGUGUAAACCUCUUUAAUCGUUGUCAUAAAGCCAUGAAAGACGAUGAACUACAGCAAAAACGCCUUAAAUGAUCGUGGGGUUAGAAUGUUCUUACUUUGGUUCCUCUUUGUAAUUUCUUGUACAUUUUUCUGCCUGAAUACUAUUUAUAAUUAGCCAUACUUAGGUCACUCCAUAAUUUGACAGUGGACAUCCUCCCUGUUUCAGG